AUGUCUUAUAACGAUCAAGGCGAUAGAGAUCGUUACGACGGUCCGAACGAUGGUUAUCAACAAGACGAAAUGCAUGAUCAAUAUGGUCAACCAAUAUAUCCUGAUGAAGGUCGUCAACAAAGUCCAGAUGGCUUCAAUCUUCCAAAUGACGACUCAUAUUCUGAUUCUUUAAAUUUUGCUCCACCUCAUGCCAAUAACUCUGGUUAUGACAGUUAUGGCGGCCAGUAUACUCCAUCACAGAUGAGUUAUGGGGAACCAAGGUCGGGGACUUCCACUCCAGUUUUUGGUAAUGGACCAUUUGAUUCCUCAGGAAUGGAAAUCGGAUUGCCUAAUGAUCCAUACCCAGCAUGGACAGCUGAUCCAACUGCACCAGUUACCGUGGAACAAAUUGAAGAUAUAUUUAUCGAUUUGACAAACAAAUUUGGGUUCCAAAGAGAUUCAAUGAGAAAUAUGUUCGACCAUUUUAUGACAAUGUUAGAUUCAAGAGCUUCGAGAAUGGAACCAGCAAAGGCUCUAAUUUCAUUGCAUGCAGAUUAUAUCGGUGGUGAUACUUCCAACUAUAAAAAGUGGUACUUCGCUGCUCAAUUAGAUAUGGAUGAUGAAAUCGGAUUUAGAAAUUUGAAAUUAAACAAAUUGAGAAGGAAAGCUAGAAAGUCUAAAAAGAGUAAUAAAAAAGCCAUGAAAAAUUAUUCACCAGAAGAAAUAGAUACUAUAUUGAGACAAUUGGAAGGUGAUAAUUCUUUACAAGCAGCAGAUUUUAGAUGGAAAGCAAAAAUGAGAUCAUUGACUCCUAUCCAAAGGGUCCGUCAAUUAGCAUUAUAUUUACUUUGUUGGGGUGAAGCAAAUCAAGUUAGAUUCACAGCAGAAUGUUUAUGUUUUAUUUAUAAAUGUGCCAGUGAUUAUUUAGAUUCUCCCGAAUGUCAAAAUCGUAUAGAUCCAAUCCCCGAAGGUGAUUACUUAGAUAGGAUUAUUACACCACUAUAUCAAUAUAUUAGAAAUCAAGUUUAUGAAAUAUCAGAGGGUCGUUACAUAAAACGUGAAAGAGAUCACCAUCAAAUUGUUGGUUAUGAUGAUGUAAAUCAACUAUUCUGGUAUCCAGAAGGUAUCGCUAAGAUUGUUUUAGAUGAUGGUAGAAAAUUAAUCGAUGUACCAGUUGAAGAGCGUUAUUUGAGAUUAGGCGAUAUUACAUGGGAGAAUGUAUUCUUCAAGACAUAUAAGGAAACUCGUACUUGGUUACAUAUGGUUACCAAUUUCAAUCGUAUUUGGAUUAUGCAUAUUUCAGUAUAUUGGAUGUAUGUUGCUUACAAUGCCCCUGCAUUAUAUACACACAAUUAUCAACAGUUAGUAAACAACCAACCAUUGGCUUCUUAUAGAUGGGCAACAGCAGCACUUGGUGGUACAGUUGCUGGGUUAAUACAACUUCUAGCAACUUUGUGUGAAUGGUUAUUUGUUCCAAGAAAAUGGGCUGGCGCACAACAUUUAACACGUCGAUUUAUGUUCCUCUGCAUAGUCUUUGGUGUUAAUCUAGGACCCGUCAUUUUUGUUUUUGCCUAUGAUAAAGAUACCGUUUACUCGAAGGCAGCAUAUAUCGUCUCCAUUGUUAUGUUUUUCGUCGCAGUGGUUACAAUCGUUUACUUCUCUGUCAUGCCAUUGGGUGGUCUAUUUACCUCAUACAUGAAUAAAUCUUCAAGGCGUUAUGUAGCAUCUCAAACGUUUACUGCUAAUUUUGCUCCAUUACAAGGAUACAAUAAACUCUUAUCCUACUUAGUGUGGAUCACUGUCUUCGGCGCAAAGUAUGCUGAAUCUUAUUAUUUCUUAAUUUUGUCAUUGAGAGAUCCUAUCCGUAUCUUAUCCACUACUACUAUGAGAUGUACCGGUGAAUAUUGGUGGGGUGCGAGGUUAUGUAAGCAUCAAUCCAAAAUUGUUUUAGGUUUAAUGAUCGCCACUGAUUUUAUCCUGUUCUUCUUAGAUACUUAUUUGUGGUAUAUUAUUAUCAACACUAUCUUCUCCAUCUCGAAAUCCUUUUACUUGGGUGUAUCUGUUUUGACUCCAUGGAGAAAUAUUUUUACUAGAUUACCUAAGAGAAUUUAUCUAAAGAUUUUGGCUACUGACCAUAUGCAAAUUCAAUAUAAACCGAAAGUGUUGAUAUCACAAAUCUGGAAUGCCAUUAUUAUCUCCAUGUAUAGAGAACAUCUUUUAGCCAUCGACCAUGUUCAAAAAUUAUUAUAUCAUCAAGUACCAUCAGAAGUCGAAGGUAAAAGAAGUUUGAAAGCACCUUUGUUUUUCACUGCUCCUGAUGCAAAUAAAUCUUAUGAAGCCUUUUUCCCAAAAGAUUCAGAAGCUGAACGUCGUAUUUCAUCUUUCGCACAAUCAUUAGCAGUUCCAAUCGAUAGACCAUUGCCAGUGGAUAAUAUGCCAACAUUUACCGUAUUAACUCCACACUAUUCUGAAAGAAUUCUAUUAUCAUUAAGAGAAAUUAUUCGUGAAGAUGAUCAAUUCUCUAGGGUUACAUUACUGGAAUAUUUGAAACAGUUACAUCCACUGGAGUGGGAUUGUUUUGUUAAAGAUACAAAGAUAUUAGCUGAAGAAACUGCCGUUUAUGAAGGUCAAGAGGAAGAAAUGAUGAAAGAAGAAGGAGAGAAAUCGGAAAUCGACGAUCUACCAUUUUAUUGUAUUGGUUUCAAGUCAGCUGCUCCAGAAUACACUCUGCGUACUCGUAUUUGGGCAUCCUUAAGAUCACAAACACUUUAUCGUACUGUCUCUGGUUUCAUGAAUUACUCAAGAGCUAUCAAGUUAUUAUAUCGUGUUGAAAAUCCAGAUAUUGUUCAAGCAUUUGGCGGUAACGCCGAAGGUUUGGAAAGAGAGUUAGAAAAAAUGACAAGAAGAAAGUUCAAAUUUUUAGUUUCUAUGCAAAGACUAGCUAAAUUUAAACCACAUGAAUUAGAAAAUGCAGAAUUUUUGUUAAGAGCGUAUCCAGAUUUACAAAUCGCAUACUUGGACGAAGAACCACCUUUACAUGAGGGAGAUGAACCAAGAAUCUACUCCGCAUUAAUAGAUGGACAUUGUGAAAUUUUAGAAAACGGUCGUAGACGCCCUAAAUUCAGAGUUCAAUUGUCUGGUAAUCCUAUCCUGGGUGAUGGUAAAUCUGAUAAUCAAAAUCAUGCUUUGAUUUUCUAUAGAGGUGAAUAUAUCCAAUUAAUCGAUGCUAAUCAAGAUAAUUAUCUAGAAGAAUGUUUGAAGAUUAGAUCAGUUCUUGCUGAAUUCGAAGAAUUAGAUGCUGAACAAAUUGAUCCAUAUAUCCCGGGAAUGAAAUACGAAGAACAAGUAACUAACCAUCCAGUUGCUAUUGUCGGUGCAAGAGAAUAUAUUUUUUCUGAAAAUUCUGGUGUCUUAGGUGAUGUUGCAGCUGGUAAGGAACAAACUUUUGGUACUCUUUUUGCCCGUACUUUGUCUCAAAUUGGUGGUAAAUUACAUUAUGGUCAUCCGGAUUUCAUUAAUGCUACUUUCAUGACAACUAGAGGUGGUGUUUCCAAGGCUCAAAAGGGAUUACAUUUAAAUGAAGAUAUUUACGCUGGUAUGAACGCCAUGUUACGUGGUGGUCGUAUUAAGCAUUGUGAAUAUUAUCAAUGUGGUAAAGGUAGAGAUUUAGGUUUUGGUACGAUUUUGAACUUCACAACAAAGAUUGGUGCUGGUAUGGGUGAACAAAUGUUAUCUCGUGAAUAUUAUUAUUUAGGGACUCAAUUACCAAUCGAUAGAUUCCUAUCCUUUUACUAUGCACAUCCUGGGUUCCAUUUGAAUAAUUUAUUCAUUCAAUUAUCUUUACAAAUGUUUAUGCUAACUUUGGUCAAUAUGCAUGCUCUAGCUCAUGAAGCUAUCAUCUGUUUAUACGACAGAAAUAGACCAAUUACCGAUGUUUUAUAUCCAAUUGGUUGUUACAAUUUCUCCCCUGUUAAUGAUUGGGUUAGACGUUAUACACUAUCAAUUUUCAUUGUCUUCUUUAUUGCCUUUAUUCCUAUUAUCGUACAAGAAUUAAUUGAACGUGGUUUAUGGAAGGCUACUCUUAGAUUUUUCCGCCAUUUGCUAUCGUUAUCCCCAAUGUUUGAAGUUUUUGCAGGUCAAAUUUAUUCCUCUGCUUUGUUAAGUGAUUUAACUGUAGGUGGUGCUCGUUAUAUUGCGACAGGUCGUGGUUUUGCCACUUCUCGUAUCCCAUUUUCCAUUUUAUAUUCAAGAUUUGCCGGAUCCGCUAUCUAUAUGGGUGCUAGAUCGAUGAUAAUGUUAUUAUUUGGUUACAGUUGCCAAUUGGAAUGUUGCAUUGCUUUGGUUCUGGGGUUCUUUGUACAGCAUUAUUAUUUUCACCAUUUAUUUUCAAUCCUCAUCAAUUUUCAUGGCAAGAUUUUUUUCUUGGAUUACAGAGAUUUUGUUAGAUGGCUAUCGAGAGGUAAUGGUAAAUAUCACAGGAAUUCAUGGAUUGGUUAUGUAAGAAUGUCAAGAUCAAGAAUAACCGGUUUCAAACGUAAAUUACUUGGAGAUGAAUCUGAAAAAGCUGCCGGAGAUGCAAGUAGAGCACAUAGAAUAAAUCUAAUAUUAGGUGAAUUGAUCCCAUGUGCGGUAUAUGCAGCAGGGUGUUUCAUUGCCUUUACUUUUAUUAACGCCCAAACGGGUGUCAGUACAACUGAUGAUGAUAGAGUUAAUUCAGUCCUACGUCUGAUUAUCUGUACUCUUUGUCCAAUUGGUCUAAACAUGGCUGUUUUACUGUUCUGUGUUAGUAUAUCUUGUUGUUCAAAUGCAUUAUUAGGUAUGUGUUGUAAACGUACAAGCGCAACCUUGGCAGCUUUUGCCCAUGGGGUAGCAGUUAUUGGGCAUGUAGGGUUUUUCAUCGUCAUGUGGGUCCUUGAAGGAUUUAAUUUCAUUAGAAUGUUAAUGGGUGUGAUUGCCUGUAUCCAAUGUCAAAGAUUUAUUUUCCAAUGUACUACAGUUCUGUUAUUAUCACGUGAAUAUAAGAAUGAUCAUGUAAAUACAGCAUUUUGGUCAGGUAAAUGGAACAGUAAUGGGGUAACUUUCAGCAAUUUGUUCAGAGAAUAUAUUGCAAAAGUGUUAGAGUUAUCAGAAUUUGCUGCAGAUUUUGUUUUAGGUCAUGUUAUUUUAUUCUGCCAAUUACCUGUUAUUUGCAUCCCAUAUAUCGAUAAAAUGCAUUCAAUUAUGCUAUUUUGGUUGAAACCAUCACGUCAAAUCCGUCCUCCUAUUUAUUCUUUGAAGCAAACGCGUCUACGUAGACGUAUGGUGGCGAAAUAUUGUUUCUUAUACAUGGUUGUUUUUGUUCUAUUUGCAGGUUGUAUUAUUGGACCAGCUGUUGCAGGAUCUCGUGUUCAUAAAGAUUUAGGUACAUCACUAACAGGAGCCGCACAUAAUUUGUUCCAACCAAGGCACGUUGAUAAUAAUGAUACCGGUGUUGGAAUAUCGACAUAUUCAGGUCAUUAUUAUACCCAUACACCAUCUCUUAAGACAUGGGCAACUAUCAACUGA